AUGUCACCAUUUCUUCGAAUUGGUUUAUCCAAUUUUGACUGUGGUACCUGCCAGUCUUGUCAGGGCGAGGCCGUGAACCCCUACUGCGCUGUGCUUGUCAAAGAGUAUGUGGAAUCAGAAAAUGGGCAAAUGUAUAUCCAGAAAAAGCCGACCAUGUACCCACCCUGGGACAGCACCUUCGAUGCCCACAUUAACAAGGGAAGAGUGAUGCAGAUCAUCGUGAAGGGCAAAAAUGUGGACCUCAUAUCAGAAACAACCGUGGAGCUCUACUCCCUGGCGGAGAGAUGCCGGAAGAACAAUGGAAGGACAGAAAUAUGGUUAGAGCUGAAACCUCAAGGCCGAAUGCUAAUGAAUGCAAGAUACUUUCUGGAAAUGAGCGACACCAAGGACAUGAGUGACUUUGAGAAUGAAGGAUUCUUUGCCUUGCAUCAUCGCCGAGGAGCCAUCAAACAGGCCAAAGUCCACCACGUGAAGUGCCAUGAGUUCACAGCCACUUUUUUCCCUCAACCCACAUUUUGCUCUGUCUGCCAUGAAUUUGUCUGGGGGCUGAACAAACAGGGUUACCAGUGCCGACAAUGUAAUGCUGCGAUUCACAAGAAGUGUAUCGAUAAAGUCAUAGCCAAGUGCACAGGAUCAGCUGUCAAUAGCCGAGAAACCAUGUUCCACAAGGAGAGAUUCAAGAUUGACAUGCCACACCGAUUCAAAGUCUACAACUACAAGAGCCCGACCUUCUGUGAGCAUUGUGGGACACUGCUGUGGGGACUGGCGAGGCAAGGACUCAAGUGUGACGCAUGUGGCAUGAACGUCCACCACCGAUGCCAGACAAAGGUCGCCAAUCUCUGUGGUAUAAACCAGAAGCUAAUGGCUGAAGCACUAGCAAUGAUUGAAAGCACCCAACAGGCUCGCUCCUUAAGAGAUUCAGAACAUAUCUUCCGAGAAGGCCCAGUUGAAAUCGGUCUCCCAUUCACCAUCAAAAAUGAAACCAGGCCACCAUUGGCACCGACACCUGGGAAAAAAGAGCCCCAGGGAAUUUCCUGGGAUUCCCGUUUGGAUGGGAUGGAUAAAAUGGACCAUCCUUCAGAACCUGCAGUGAAAGUUCAAAGAGCCUCUCUGCAGCUGAAACUGAAGAUUGAUGAUUUUGUCCUGCACAAAAUGUUGGGGAAAGGAAGUUUUGGCAAGGUCUUCCUAGCGGAGUUCAAGAGAACCAAUCAGUUUUUCGCGAUAAAGGCCCUAAAGAAGGAUGUGGUGUUGAUGGAUGAUGACGUUGAGUGUACCAUGGUGGAGAAGAGGGUUCUGUCCUUGGCUUGGGAGCAUCCAUUUCUAACACACAUGUUCUGCACCUUCCAGACCAAGGAAAACCUCUUUUUCGUGAUGGAAUAUCUUAAUGGGGGAGACUUAAUGUACCACAUCCAAAGUUGCCACAAAUUUGAUCUUUGCAGAGCCACGUUUUAUGCUGCUGAAAUCAUCCUUGGUCUGCAAUUUCUUCAUUCCAAAGGAAUUGUCUACAGAGACCUGAAGCUAGAUAAUAUCCUGUUAGACAGAGACGGACAUAUCAAAAUAGCAGAUUUUGGCAUGUGCAAGGAGAACAUGCUAGGGGACGCGAAGACAAAUACUUUCUGUGGGACUCCCGACUACAUCGCUCCGGAGAUCUUGCUGGGCCAGAAAUACAACCAUUCUGUCGACUGGUGGUCCUUCGGGGUCCUCCUUUACGAGAUGCUGAUUGGCCAGUCACCUUUCCAUGGGCAGGAUGAAGAGGAGCUUUUCCACUCCAUCCGCAUGGACAGUCCCUUUUACCCUCGGUGGCUGGAGAAGGAUGCCAAGGAUCUUUUAGUAAAGCUUUUUGUGAGAGAACCCGAAAAGAGGCUGGGCGUGCAAGGAGAUAUCCGCCAGCAUCCUUUGUUCCGAGAGAUCAACUGGGAAGAACUUGAGAGGAAAGAGAUUGACCCACCUUUCAGGCCAAAAGUGAAAUCACCAUAUGACUGCAGCAAUUUCGACAAGGAAUUCCUAAGUGAGAAACCCCGGCUGUCAUUCGCCGACAGAGCACUCAUCAACAGCAUGGACCAGAACAUGUUCAGAAACUUUUCCUUCAUUAACCCAGGAAUGGAGACUCUUGUUUGCUCCUGAA